AUGUUGGGGUAUCAUCAUGGCAUAAUUGCCCGAUCGGAACCCCGCAUCAUAUCUAUAGUUGAGAAGUCGCCCAUCAGGACCUAUUUUGAUGUCACGCACGCAUACUGGCAUGGGAACGUGUCCAUGAAAUGGCCCAUGCCGAACCUCUGGAACUUCUCCAAAGUCCGAGCAGUGGUCUUCCUGCUUGGUUUUACCCUGACCUUCAUCAUCAUGGCUUCAUACAUUCUGACGUGGGACAAGAAAGGACUCCUGCUGACACCCUCGCCCUAUUACCUGAAAGCUGCCAAUGUCUCAACCAAUGACACAGCAGCAGCAGCUUUGGCAUUCAGCGUCUCUUUGAAGACGACGUGCUUAGACAUGAAGCAACUGUUGAAGGAAAUUAGAUUCAAACUUGAAUACCCGCCCAGAAGCGUUCCUGAUGAGAAGGACAUCAUCGGGACAGACUCUCAUUUGUUCUCUGCAAUCCCUCGACACUUUCUGCCAGGCAUUAAAAGCCCUUGCUGGUACGAGGACUUUCCUAUAGAAAAGAGUCGAGAUCCGUACAGCGGCAACCGUUACACAAUACGCUCCAAGACCUUCAAGAGUGUGUGUGACCGACUGGCGUACGCCUUUCGUAGACAGCCGCUUCGGCGUCAAGAUGGCAGGCUCUCGCGUCUGCGCUGUCUGCCUUACUUCUACAUCAUCGGACAGCCCAAGUGCGGCACCACUGACUUGUUCCACAGGCUGCUGCAGCAUCCUGACAUUAAGUUCAACAUUAUGAAGGAACCUCACUGGUGGACGAGGAAACGUUUUGGUUACAUCCGUUUCAAAGACGGAUUCCAGGAGAUUUACUCUUUGGAAGAUUAUCUGGACCUGUUUGACUUGGCUGCAUACAACAUCCAAGGAUCAAGCGCUGGAAAUUCCCCUGAAGACCGACGCUUCGCCAACCUCAUAACAGGUGAAGCCAGUGCGUCAACUAUGUGGGACAACCAUGCAUGGCGCUAUCUCCACGGCGACCAGGAGGAGGUGGAGCCACCCUUCCUGGCCCAGGACUUCUUGCACACAGUGCAGCCCAAUGCCAAAAUCAUCAUCAUGCUACGAGACCCUGCAGAGAGGUUGUACUCAGACUACUUAUACUUCAAGACGGCCAACAAGUCAACAGAGGACUUCCAUCAGAAGGUGCUGGAGUCCAUGCAAGUCUUCCAGUCGUGCCUGUCGGCGAGGUCACUUCGAUCCUGCGUGUACAGCACAAGCCUCGCCAACUCCAUGCCGGUCAGACUGACUCUGGGCAUGUAUAUUGUCUUCCUGCUGGACUGGUUGACAGUCUUCCAGAGAGAGCAAAUUCUGGUUUUACGACUAGAAGACUAUGCCACAAACCUUCAAGAGACCGUACAAAAAGUAUUCGACUUUUUGAAUGUCGGUCCUUUGUCCGAGCAGGCGGCAGCAACACUGACCAAGGGGCCUAUGUCUAAUACCCGACGUGCGGUCGACAGGAGCCUGGGCCCCAUGCUUCCCUCCACUCAGAAGCUCUUGUGGGAAUUUCACCAACCAUUCAACCGUAAAUUGGCCAGCGUGCUGAACAACCAGGCCUUCUUGUGGACUAACACAUCAAUUCCUACUUCUUCAAAUAGACACUAUGGGUGA